AUGAAAAUUAAUGAUGAAUCAGAUAAGAAAACCUCAACUUUAACAUCAUCAAGAGUUUCUAAAGUUCAAUAUAAUGAUAGUUUUGGUUUUCAAUUUAAUACAAAUAAUGGUGUCCGUUCUGCUGCUACAAAAAAGAAAUCUAAAUCAAAUAGGGAUUCAUUAGCAUUUAGAGAAAGUCCAGGUAAACCAGGUACUAAAAGAUUUAACCGUUAUUUAAAUACCCAAUUUCUAAAGACAGCCGGUAGUCUUGGAGAUAAUAUUAAUGCUGAAAUGGAUUACUCUUUUACAGAAUCAAAGAACACUCUAUUUUAUCAAGAUUCUCAAAAUUCUACUUUUUACUUUGACAAUAUGGUUAAUAUCACAUGCGACCAAGAGGAAGAAUUAAUUGACUCUAUCCAACAACAAACCAAGAAUGCCCAUAAUGAAUCAACUGCUGAUGGCGAACAAUUAUUCUCUAAAUUAAGAAAGAGCUUAAGACCAUUCUUUAAAAAGUCAUUCCUUUUGGAUAAUUUAUUCAUUCAAGAAACUGAACAACAAAUCCUUGAAUUUCUUGAAAAUUCAUCUAUCAAACAAAUGGAAUACAACCAAUCAAACCCAUCAAAAAGAAUCAUUAUCCAUGGUUUAUCCUCAUACUAUUCAUUACAAAGUAAAAGUCAUUCAACAAAGAAUGGUCAACGUAUUCUUGUCAUUAGAAAACCAAGAAAUCUUCCACCUUUACCUGAAAUCUCCAUCACUCAAUAUUUGGCAGCAGAAUCAAAAAAGAAACCAAUCCAAAUUCAUCAAGUCCAAAAGAAAAAAGUUAUUAAAAAGAGCCAAUCUAUUUAUAUCAAAAAGAAACCAAUUAAAAUUGAAAAUGAAAUUAAAGUUUAAUUUAUUAAACUAAAGAAAGAUAUUAAAUACUAUUGUAUUUUUUUCUUUUUUUUUUUUUUCUUUUUUUUUUUUUCAAAAACAUAUAAAUACACUUUUAAAAAAAAUAAUUUUUUUUUUUUUUUUAAAAUAAAUAAAAUAAAGUAAAUUAUUUAUUUUUAAUAAUAUUUAAAUAUUAUUAAAUUAUAAAUAUUUUUUAAUAAACAAC